GCACCGCCCAGCAGGUGCAAAGGAGAGGUGUUAGUGCCCCGGAAAGGGGCCAGGCGGCGACCCGAAGGCCAGAAAGGGUCCCUGAGCAGGAGCCAUGGUGUGGCUGCCUCUCUGCUGGCUGUGCAUUCUGGGGACCCUGGCAGGGCUCUCAGCUAUCACAGCCUCCAAUAGCUGUCCAGAGAGGCUCUACCAGGCACAGGCAGGAUUGUGCUGCCAGAUGUGUCAGCCAGGAACAUUCCGAGUGAAGGACUGUGACCGGGAUGGGAAAGCUGCUCAGUGUGAUCCGUGUAUACCAGGGACCUCCUUCUCUCCAGAUCACCACACUCGGCCCCAUUGUGAAAACUGUCGGCACUGUAACUCCGGUCUUCUCAUUCGAAACUGCACCAUCACUGCCAAUGCUGUGUGUGCCUGUCCCAAUGGCUGGCAGUGCAGAGACCAAGAGUGCACCGAGUGUGAUCCUCCUCCAGGCCCCUGGCUGACCACCUGGCCAUCUCAGGCCCCGGACCCACACCCUCAACCCACCCACUUACCUUAUGCCAAAAAGAAGCCAGAGGCCAGGACUUCAGCUGACUUCAGGCAGCUGCCUGUCCCUGCUCUCUCCACCCACUGGCCACCCCAGAGAUCUCUGUGCAGCACAGCGUGUAUCCGCAUCUUUGUGAUCCUCUCAGGAAUGUUUCUUGCUUUCACCCUGGGUGGAGCCCUGUUCCUCCAUCAACAAAGAAAAUAUGGAUCAAACAAAGGAGAAAGUCUAGAGGAGCCAGCAGAGCCUUGUCCGUACAGCUGCCCCAGGGAGGAAGAGGGUUGCACCAUCCCCAUUCAGGAGGAUUACCGAAAACCAGAGCCUGCUUCCUGCCCCUGAGCCAGGUGCAGAGGC